AACCGCCCCGCAUCAGGGUGAGAGCACACCGCCGUUUUCUGCGCCCUCCAAAAGCUUCACACAACUUUUGCCACCACGCUUGUGACUGCACGGCCGUCGUACUCCACUUUCUUUCUUCUUUCUGCAUCAUUAAAGCGAAGGGAUAUGUUCAAACGAGGAUAACACAACAGGGAACUUUAUGGACCAAAGACACAUUAAAAUCUGACCCUCUGGAUCUGGAGGAGGCUGAAGUAGGAUGCCAGUCCCCUCUGAGUCCAGUGCUGUGGCGCCCCCUGUCGUGUGAGCGAGGGAAAAAAAAAAAAAACAAGGCUGGAGGGGCACGAGGCACCAUGGGCAACGCGCCGGAAGAAGGCAUGAACAUGGUGAUUGUCGCCCACUACAACAAUUCAGGCAAGUGGGAGCGGGCGCGGGGCGGCAGUGCGUGCAAGACGGCCGUGCUGCUCCUCAUCUGCGUGCUCAUCGUCCUGGAGAACCUGAUGGUGCUGCUGGCCCUGUGGAGGAACAAGCGCUUCCACAGCCGCAUGUACUUCCUGAUCGGCAACCUGGCGCUGUCCGACCUGUUGGCCGGCGUAGCCUACGUGGUGAACAUCUUCACCUCGGGGAGCAGGACCUACUUCCUGACGCCGGCGCAGUGGCUGGCCCGGGAGGGGAGCAUGUUCGUGGCCCUCAGCGCGUCCACCUUCAGCCUCCUGGCCAUCGGGAUCGAGCGGCACAUGACCAUGGUGCGCCUGCGCCCGUGCGAGACGGCGAGCCGCGGCCGCCUCCUGGGCCUGCUGGCGGCCUGCUGGCUCGUCUCGGUGCUGCUCAGCGCUCUGCCCAGCCUCGGGUGGAACUGCUUGGGCGACCUGGGCUCGUGCUCCACCGUGCUCCCGCUGUACGCCAAGAGCUACGUGGCGUUCUGCAUCAGCGUCUUCAGCGCCCUGCUGGUGGCCAUCGUCAUCCUCUACAUCCGGAUCUACCGCCUGGUGACGUCCAGCGGGCGCAGGGUGAGCAGCCGGCCUUCCGAGUGUUCCUUGGCCUUGCUGAGGACCGUGGUGAUUGUUCUCGGGGUGUUCGUGGUGUGCUGGGCGCCCCUCUUCCUGCUCCUGCUGUUGGACGUGGGCUGCAGCCCCGACGGGUGCCCCGUUCUCUUCGAGGUGGACUGGUUCAUCGCCCUGGCCGUGCUCAAUUCGGCCCUCAACCCACUCAUCUACACACUGUCCAGCAGGGAGAUGAGGGCCGCCUUCUUCCGCCUGCUCUGCUGCUGCCACAGCGGCGCGGAGUCCAGCGGGAUGCCCGCGGCGGGUAACCCCAACUUGGGCACCGCAGGGCCCACGGCGGAGAACAGCAAGAGCAGCAUGGGGGGCGGAGGAGGGCUAGGAAAGGCCGCCUUGAACAGAGGGGUGAACUCGGACGUGAAGCACGGGGAUCCCUGCGCCACCGCGCUGCCUCACCCGGCCGGCCCCGCUGAGCUGCUGUCGGCCGUGCUGGUGAAGGCGGGGGCCCUCGGCAAGUUCUGACAGGAAGCGCCUUCAAAGAGGCCACAACAUUAGCUACACCUGCACCAACCAAUGGGGUGCAGGUGACCAACAUUUGUCGAGCCGAGGCACAUACUGUAUUUUACACGAGAAAAAUCUCACGGGAGACCACCUAACAAAAAUGCCAACAAAAGUAAUCCUACAAAAGUAAUCGUAUUUAAUUUUGGUUUAAACCAGUUGUUUAAACCAAAACAAACAUCAUUUUACCACAUUAAAUGGCUUACAGAUGUAAAAAAAAAAAAUACAAUAAAAAUGCACCUAAGUGUGUGUGUACAUGCAGCAAAGACUCUCCUAACUUUCACCAACAACCCAGGCUAAACUUGGCUGCUCUCCAACAUACAAAGCUUGCCUCUCAGUCGCGAUGUAAUAUGACUUCAACACACUUCCUUGAGACCAAUUCAUAUUUAGACAGGACUUUGUUGCAUCUUAAAGCAUUACAGAAAGAGCACAAAAGACAUUAAAAAAAAAAAGAAAAGUUGAAUUCUUGAAAAGUGGGAUUACAAAAGAGCACAGGUGUCAAACGCAAGGCCGGGGUGGGGCAUAAUAGGACCGCCAAACAAAUAAAGUGCGAAUUGGAUUUGUUCUUUUCAUUUUGUCAGACUGACCAAAAUUGCAAUUUUUCUUCACUUUAACCACUUUUGCAAGCAUUUAUUGUCACCAAAUCCCUUCUGAACAUAAAUUGGACAAUAUACAGUAUGCAUGCAGUACUAAAAUAUUUGCUUGCCAUUAUUUUCGAUGACUUAUGAUUUCAAAUUGAAUUUAUUGUAAAAAAUAUACAUAAUUAUGAAAUCCAGAACUACUGUACAAUGUGGCCCACAACGGAAAUGAGUUUGACACCCUAUCUUCACCUGUUCGCUGACUUUUUAAAACAAAAAUGUAACCUCCAUUGCUCAUUGAAAAACUCCCCGACUGUAUUUGCUGUUUUGUGCUUGGGUCAAAACCUUGUCAAAUUUAAAAGUAUCGCUUUGGCGCCAUCUUGGUGCCGAAGAACUAUGUUGACAGUGAGGGGAGGAGCUUCAUGUAGACAGUCUCUAUCCCCUAUUCAAAAAUGCGAAAUCUGGGCCUGUUUGGCUGAACACAAAGCUGAUGUACAGUAUGAAUGGCAGCAGGUGAAUACACAGAUUACUUGUACCUGAAGCCAUCUAGCAGAAGAGCAUUUCAUUGUUUUGUCACUAUUGGUCGCUUGCAUAGAUACUAUUUGUCGUAAAUAAUAACGUUGGGACCAAUCAAGUGAAAUUGCAUAAUUUCUCGUAACACACCACGGCGUGGAACAGAGGUUGGGAAUCACUGACCUAAUGAGAUCCAAUAGGGAGCUGUAUCAAACAUUUUCUUUUCGAGAGCCCCCUUUCACACUGACUUUCCGAAAAAUCGAAUCGAAAAUUGCGACUUGACAUAAUGAAAUGCGUGGCGAGAUUAGUGCAACAUGACAAUUGCUCUAUGAGUCUCAACUGACAAAAAUGCAAAAACACCUUGUUUUACAAAAAUGUAAUAGGUUCUUGCUCGAGAACUGUGGAAACGCCCCUACUAACGAUUGGCGAAAAACACAAUACCUCUCACCCUCAUGCAUGGCGGAGGUGACUAAAAGGGCCAUGCCACAAGCAAAAAAAUCCCUUAUUUCCUUUUGUAUGCGCCUACGAAAGUAAAGUAUGACCAGUGCAAGUGGACUGUAACAGUAAAAAGUGGAUAACAUCUUGUUUUGACAUCUUUAUUCGGAUCCUCAACAUUGAAUAGUUUCUCGCUUAAGAAAUAUGGCAACCCAAAGUAGAAUUAUUAUUUUUUUUUUUUAAAUGGCGACCAAAAUGAUAACCAAACAAGACAUAACCUGCUCCAUUGGCAACAUUGCCAAUAUUAUACAGCCUAAUAUAUCAUCUAAUAUUUUACCACAGCUAUACACAAAUUAAAAAAAUAUAUAUAUAUUGCAAAAUGAAUCCCUCAAACCUGUUACUGUUCCCUUGGGCCCCUUGAAAGGUCCUAUAAAAAUCUUCGAUCCAGCUCGUCUUGGAUGGGGUGUUCCUAAUGUUGUGGCCUCUGCAGAGUGUCACAAUGCACUAGGGUCGGUGUUGUUUGGAUGAAAUUAAAAAGGAAUACAUCCAGAUUCUAGACUUGUUAAAGCCACUAUGUAAAACAAAUGUAAAGUAAACUUAACAUGUUUGUAUUUAAAUGGUCAGUUUCACGGGAAAAAAAAAAAAUACCUGUCAGUGCUCGUACUUCAAACUUUUGUGGCCGUUUUUUUUUUUUUUUUAAACGUAGCACCUAUUUGGGCACUUUUUUUUUUUUUUGCAUGUGCUAUAUGCAACACCCCCCACAAGUUGACUAGUAUUUAUUUUCUGUGAAAACAUUUGUUGCUUGAUACAAUCACUGAGGUAAAUUUUGUGCUCUGUGUGCAUAAAAGCCACCACGGUACUGGGACUGUUAAAUGGGACGGUUUGAGUAAGGAACAUGAAAGAAAUGGAGAGAAUUAAAUGUCUCUUUUUUUUUUUUUUUUUAAAGAGGCGAUGAGGCUGCUACUCUUGGACUUACCACUACCGGUGCACAAACCCGUUUGUCCUGAUGGUGGCGUCAAAGCACCACCUCACAAUACUCAAGUUUUUCUGCCAGCUAUUUUUUUUUGGGGGGGUCAAUGUUUGUGUUUCCUCAUCUAGAAACCACUCCGACAUCAACUAACCACUACUGGUGAUUAGCAGCGUUGUAUGGGAAUGAUUUCAUAGUGGUAGUCUGGUUCCAUCAUAUAGUCAAUAAAAUAAAAAUCCUA